GUGAUCCGCAGCUUCCAUUAGGGUUUUCAGAAGACACCAAAGAUCAAGGACUUAUGGUGCAGUGGAGUCCUCAAACAAAGGUUUUGGCACAUCAAUCUGUUGGGUGUUUUUUGAGUCAUUGUGGGUGGAAUUCUCUCUUGGAGGCGAUCACCGCCGGUGUCCCUGUACUUGCUUUUCCGAAGUGGACCGACCAGCCAACUAAUGCGAAACUCAUUGUCGAUGUUUUAAGGGUUGGUGUGAGGCUCAGACCUGACAAAGAAGGGGUGGUCAGUAGUGAGGAAGUGGAAAAAUGUAUUGAAGAAAUUAUGAGCGGGCCAAGUUCGGAGGAAUAUCAUAAGAAUGCGACGAGUUGA